AUGGAUCGUGGUCAAGGGCAGAGCAGUUCGACGCCGAAAAAAGCGACGAAAACUACCAAAGAGCUUAAGCUAAGUAUGCUCUACAAGAAAUUUAGCAGAGUUCGGCUUACACGAACCAAAAUACCAGGCAUGCUGGAUGAAUUAUUUGAUAUUGAUGCAGAUGUUGAGGGAGAAGAACGAGAGAGUGAUUUCAAUAGUGAUAAUUUAGAUACAGAGACGGCGGAUGAUGGUGAGUCAACGAGUGAGGAGAGUAGCGAGGAGUCUGAGGAGGACGACGACCCUCGCCCACAGCCUCCUAUAAGAAAGCGUGCAGGACGUCUUCAACAACCAGAUCCUGAAGAUGCCUGGUGUACUGAUAACACUCCACCAUCUGUAGACACUUUCACUGGAACACCAGGUCUAACUGUACCCUUGCCAACCACUGCUAUACAAUUUAUACAAUUAUUCCUGACUCGUGCCCUGAUCGAAUAUUUUACAUUUGAAACUAACUUGUAUACUAAACAAUUUAUACAGAAUGCUUCCAGGCGCACCACGAGUAUAUGGCAAGAGGUAUCGGUCAAGGAAAUGGCAAGGUAUUUGGGUCUGUCUAUGUUGAUGGGUGUUGCAGCCCUGCCGACGAUGAGAAUGUACUGGCAAACAAGCCGGCUAUGGCAUAUGCGCACCUUCAAUAUUUUCAUGACGUCCAAACGAUUUCAACAUAUUAGCCAGUUUUUUAAUAGUUACAAUAACCAAGCAAUUCCCCCAAACAAUAAAGACCGAUUGAUAAAAGAAAGAAAGAACUGA